AGAGGCCGCCCGCCCCCCCGGCGCAGUCGCACCGCCUCAGUCACGGCAGUACAAGGGCGGGUUGGCGUGUUUGUGGCUGCUCGGUUCCUGAAUACUGUCGUUCGUGAUACCGCAGUGCGGCCAUGGCAGAACUGCAGCCGGCGUCCGGCGGCCUUACUGACGAGGCCGCCCUCAGUUGCUGCUCCGAAGCGGACCCCAGCACCAAGGAUUUUAUAUUGCAGCAGACUAUGAUACGAAUUAAGGAUCCUAAGAAGUCAUUGGAUUUUUAUACUAGAGUUCUUGGAAUGACGCUACUCCAAAAAUUCGAUUUUCUUACUAUGAGAUUUUCACUCUAUUUCUUGGCUUAUGAGGAUAAAAACGACAUCCCUGAAGAUAAGGAUGAAAAAAUAGCAUGGAUAUUCUCCAGAAAAGCUACACUUGAGCUGACACACAAUUGGGGCACUGAAGAUGAUGAGACCCAGAGUUACCACAGUGGCAAUUCAGACCCUCGAGGAUUUGGUCACAUUGGAAUUGCUGUUCCUGAUGUACAUGGUGCUUGUAAAAGAUUUGAAGAACUAGGAGUCAAAUUUGUGAAGAAACCUGAUGAUGGUAAAAUGAAAGGCCUGGCAUUUAUUCAAGAUCCUGAUGGCUACUGGAUUGAAAUUUUGAAUCCUAACCAUAUGGCAAAUGUUAUUUAGUUAUAUGAGAAUGCUCCUUUGAAAUUUCAGUGAAGACAGAGAUAAAAAAAGAAACAAUGUGAUUCAAGAUAUUCAGAUACCAGAAGCAUCUAGGAUUGAUGGAUCAUUGUCCUAAUUCAAAUUAUUCUUAAAUCGAUUUCCUUUUCCUA